AUGAAAACGCUUGUCGUCGACAAUGGUGGAUAUUCGAUCAAAAUCGGAUACGCCGAUGGAGAAUGCCGAACAGUGCCGAAUGCGGUAUUCAAGUCGAGGACGGAUCGGAAGCGAGCCUACAUCUCGGACCAAUUGGACGAAUUAAAUGAACGAACGGGACUUUUCUAUUCGCUGCCGUGUGAACGUGGAUAUUUGGUGAACUGGGACAUACAAAGACAAAUCUGGGAGCAUCUAUUUACCGGUUAUCAACCAUCGGAAACGAGAAUUGCCUUGUCGGAUCCCAUUUACACGGUCCCAGCCAUCAAUGACUACUCGGGGGAGAUUCUCUUCGAGGACUUUGGAUUUUCAGCCGUUCACAAAAGCGCUGCACCCCGAUGGAUUGGAUGUGCGGCGGCAGCGGUUUCCUCGUCAAAUCGAUUAUGUUUGGUUGUCGAUUCGGGCUAUUCGUUUACGCAUGUUGUCCCGCUGCUCGAUGGACAAAUUCUACAAAGCGGUGUUUUGAGGAUAGAUGUCGGCGGAAAGGUGCUAACGAAUCUACUAAAAGAAUGGAUAUCUUAUCGAGAAAUAAAUAUGCGAGAGGAGACGUAUGUAGUGAAUGAAUGUAAAGAGGAUUGUUGCUAUGUGAGCAUCGAUUUUGACAUUGACAUGAAGAUCAGCAGGCUCAAAAACGAAACGAAUACCAUUCGAAGGGAAUACGUUCUACCGGACUUUCGACAGAAUAUGCGCGGCUUUGUGAGAAAUCCCGUCAGAGAAAAAGACGAUCUACAGAAAGUGUCAAUGAAUUUGGAGCGUUUCAGCCUACCCGAAGUGUUAUUCAAGCCCAACGAUAUUGGAAUCGAUCAGCUGGGAAUCGGAGAAGCGGUGGUCGAAUCGACAAAACGAAUUCACGAACAUCUGGCGCCGGGCCUUCUCCAGAAUAUUUAUGUGGUUGGCGGCUCGUCUCUAUUUCCCAACUUCCGCCAACGAUUAGAGCGUGAAGUUCGCUCGGGAGCACCCGAUUUGUAUGGUGUUGGUCUUGCCUCAAUUCCUAAUCCAAUAACGCAUGCCUGGACAAGCGGAGCCAUGUUGGCUAAGUCUGAUGAAUUGCCGGGCGGUUUCAUGACUCGAACCGAGUACUUGGAAUGUGGAGAGGAUUUUAUGCUUGAACAGAGAUUUCUCGAAUUCAAUGACGAUCCCGAUUAUGCUGAGUAUUUAACCAAUAAGCUAACAAAAGCCACGUCGAAGAGUGACGAUGCAUUCGUCCAAUCAACGAAU